ACUGGAAGAUAAAACGGAGCCCGUGAACAACUAAUGAAGUCACAACUACCAUUCUUUGAGCAAUCGCAACAUGAAAAUGGUGGGAGGGGGAAGGUGUCGUGAGUGUAAUUCAAGAGCAAGAUGUCUCGGUAUGAAUAUGUACAGCUUAACAGUUUGCUGCCCAACUAUGACAGCGAGCACAGGCGCCUCGGUUUCGGCAAAUCAACAUGGUCUGAGUGCAAAGCACAAUGGAAGCUUGCAGCGCCCACCAUCGCUGCCUCUCUUCUUCAGUACAUGUUCUUCCUUGUUGCCGAGGUCAUGGCUGGCCAUCUCAGCAAGUUUGAUUUGGCUGCUUUGGCCAUUGCCUUCACUCUUGUUAGGGGAAUUGGUUAUGGUUUCAUGCUAGGGAUGGGAACUGCUCUAGAAACAUUUUGUGGACAAGCUUUUGGAGCGAGGCAAUUCCAUAUGCUUGGCAUUUACAUGCAACGAUCUAUUGUCAUACUUUCAGCAACUGCAGUUCUUUUGUCUAUACCAUGCAUUUUUGCUGAACCUAUAUUCAAAUUGUUGGGACAAUCCACCGCCAUUGCUACUAAGUCUGGAGUUCUCUUGAAAUGGAUGCUUCCCCAACUGUUUGCAUUUGCAAUAAAUUUAUCUGUGGAAAAGUUCUUACAUGCACAGAGUUUAAUUUUACCAAUAGUCUGGAUCUCUGGAGGAGUGCUAAUCUUCCAUUGUGUAGUUUGUUGGAUAACUGCUUUCACAUUCAAAUUAGGCCUCCUUGGUAUUGUUAUGACACACAAUGCGUCAUGCUGGUUAGUUGCCAUCUUUCAGUUCCUAUAUGUUAUUUUGUCUGAUUCAUGCAAAGCUUCGUGGACUGGCUUCACCCUUAGUGCAUUCCGUCAACUUCUAUCAUUCUUAAGACUUUCUAUAUUUUCAGCCAUAAUGGUAUUCCUGCAGAUUUGGUACUAUCAGAUCCUUGUUUUUCUUGCUGGCACAUUGGAUGAUCCAGAAGUUGAUAUAGAUGCCCUUUCAAUAAGCAUUAAUAUGAUACUCUUGGAGUUGAUGAUACCACUUGGCUUUGGUGUAGCCAUAAGCAUUCGUGUUGCAAAUGAACUUGGAGCUGGGAAUGCUGAGGCUGCAUGCUUUUCGGUUUUUGUUGCAGUGGCCACAUCCGCAAUCAUAAGCAUUUUCUUUGCAAUAAUUUUUCUUCUUUGCAAAAAUGUGCUGGGGUAUCUCUUCACCGGCAGUUCAACUGUUGCAGAAAGUGUCUCUGCGCUUGUUCCAUUUCUCACUGCAUCCCUUCUUCUUAAUGGCAUACAAGCUGUACUUUCAGGUGUGGCAACAGGAUCUGGGUCCCAAGUCUACGUUGCUUAUGUGAACAUCAUAUCCUGUUAUUUGGUGGGGCUACCGCUAGGCAUACUUAUUUGCUACAAGUUUAGCUUGGGAAUAACUGGCAUCUGGUCUGGAAUGAUAGCUGGGACUUCAAUGCAGUGUCUAAUCCUCUUCUACUCUGCAUGGAAUACAAAUUGGAAUGAGCAGGCCAAGCAAGCAUCAGACUACUUGAGUGCAUGGCGAACAGAUGUUGGAGCCUCCCGCUGCGAAACAUGAACACCUAACAAAGAGCUCUAUUAUGUAUGCCAUACCAUGAUUGUGUAUAUUGUAAAGAAUGAUCAGUGGCAUUGUUUAAAAAUUCAGAGGUGCAGAUUCCUUCUUGCAAAUGAAUUUGUAUUCAUGCAGAAUUAUUGUAUACUGAAUGUCAUAGUUAUCAACCACGCUUGUAAGCUAAUCAAGCAAAAAUUUUGGGCAUUAUGCUUCUAACAGUUGUUUCCAAGAAGGGAGAAGAUUGCAGUCUAUUCAUUUAUAAAAGAUGAAUAACAAGUGUUAUAAUAUGGCAGGUUUAAAAUA